AUGACCUACCAUCAGAUGAACUGCGAGACUAGGCCGGUUCGGGUGGAGGGUUCGAUACCUCUCCAGGUCUUUGACCACCGGUGUCUCGAAAGUUGGGACCAGAGAAUAUACCAUGAGGUGAUCAGGAGACAUGUUUUUGGUGAAACAGAAGGUGCUUUCCGCAGGGAAUGCAUCCAGCGUAUCAAGCUGAGGUGGCUGGGCCGUUUGUUACGGAUGCCGAGUUACUACCUGCCGAAACAGGCACUCUUAAGCGUGCUUAAUCCGGAAUGGCGGAAACCUAGAGGUGGAUAG